AUGUCCAGUAUACCUGCUCUGAACGAGCUCGGCGCACAGUCGCUUAGCGGCGGCGACCCGGCUCUUGAAGAGCUAUACAAAACCUCUUUCUAUCUCACUCACGUCCUACAAGUAUAUACGAGCGCAAUGAUGGCGGUGGCCGUCUGGGACUGGGUUACUUGCCUUCCCAUGGAGUACGAGCGUAUCUGGAAGAAAGCAUGGAGCCCUGUCAAGUGUCUGUACUUGUGGGUUCGCUACUAUGGCCUUCUUUGCUUUGCGCUCAAUCUGUGGCUCUUCAACGCAAACUUUACAACGGAGCGCUGUAAGACCCUCCACUACCUGAUCGCGGCAACAUGCAUGUGGGUGACCCUUGGUUCAGAGGCCAUUCUCGCGAUCCGGACGUGGGCGUUUCUCAUGCGAAGUAAAUUGGCCGCUGUCUUUCUGAGUGCGCUGCUUUUCGGCGAGAUGGUCUUCUUGCUAUAUGUCGCUAUCGCGGGAGUAUACCAAGUUCCUAUUCUCAUCGGCACUGAGGGACCGUGCACGGCCAGUGACAAGCCCGGGAAACAUGUCGUCUCUGGUUUCUGGCUGGCACCUGUUGCCAUGGACCUCAUUUGCACCGCGAUGACGUUGUACAAGGUUAUUGCGUUUAAGCGCCUGUCGACUAUGCCCCUCAUCAGGACAUUCGUCAGGGAGGGCGUCUUCUAUUUCCUCGCCGUCGCGGCCGUGAACGUCCUCAAUGCAGCCUUCAUGUUCCAGAGCAACGCCUCUAUUCAGUACAUUAAUUGUUUCCUCGCCCUUAUCUUGUCGCAGGUUCUGUGUUGCCGCCUAGUGUUGAACCUUCGCGGGCAAAAGAACAGUGGCUUGGAGCGGAGUAUGCUCUAUACGACCAACGUCCCUGGCGCCACGCCCGGCCAGAGCGGAGUCAACAAAUCCGGCGCACAUGCCAUAUCCCUCCAGCCUAUCGCAUUCAACCACGACACCUGCGCAUACGACGGUGCUUAUGGGGCGAAAACCCAGGACCACAGUCAGUCGGAUGGCGAACACCCAACUGACGCGAAGGGUUCCGAUCACGUAUGA